AAUUUCGUUAAAUUGGAGGAAGCAUUAUGAAUCAACUUCAAACUUCAGAUAGUGAGAAUGCACCCAGUCAUUCUCAGAGGGAUGAAAACACAACAGCCCUCAUCCCCAGGCAGUCCCUCCCCUUAGGCGAGAAAGAUGAUAAUAUUAGGGAAGCACUCAGACAGAAACUUGAUUUUAAGAAUUCGGACUCUCUAAAUAAAGGAUCAAGCACUUCAAGAGGAGGAAAGGAGAAUGCUGCUUCGCCCAAAGAGAACAAUCCUAAUGAUGAGAAUGCACCUCCAGAAGAUGAACUUCUAAAUAACAAAAAGCUUGAAGAAGCUAUGAAACAGUUUAGUAACUCAAAGUCAAAAAUUCAGUCAAAUUGUGAUGAUGAGGAUAGCGACUCUGACGAAGAUCCUUCUGAGGAAGAAGAGAAUGCCAGAAAUAGGCUCAAGGCUCUCCUUGGAGGUAGCACCAAACAGAAAAAGGUUGCCGAACCUCUAAAAUUUAGAAAAUCUCAUUCGACUAACGACACAAUUCCUGAAAAUAAUUUCGUUGGCCUAAUUCAUAAAAUGAAAAGAGACUUAUACCACAAACUUGAGAUUGCUAAUCCAGAUGAGGAAGAUGAUGAUAUUGAGGUUUCUAAAAUCUUCUACGAGGGAAGAGAAGGCCAAGAGUAUGCAGUCCGUGUACUUGAAAAGUUCUUUAAAACUUUAACUCAUCAUGCUGAGAGCUUCGAACACGAGAGUGAAGACAAGCAAGAUGUUCCAAGACGCUCAACUGAAAACCUCAAAAAGGAGGAGUGUGAAGACAGAGAGGAAGAAAAUACGAAGGAAAAGAUCAGAAAAGCCCUCCAAUCUAAGAAGAGCACUUCAAGACCAACAAAUGAUGCUGAUAAAGAGAGUCUCAAAAGUCUGUUAGGGGCUUCAGAUAAGAUAAAGCAGAAACCCAUCACUGACAUCAACGAAGCCAUCAAGGUUGACUCGCUAGUCCUCAACUAUGGUGUUGUAAAUCCAGGGAAACUUCUUGGAAGCAUCCUUGUUGUGUCUAACAUCUCAGACUCAGAGCAGACAAUCGACUUGAGCUUGGACAACACUACAGAAAUUUAUGAUAAAAAUGAAAUAAUCAAAAACAAAGAUUUCGAGUUCAUCGAUGAGCUUGCUCAAGAUGAAAUUGAACUCAACGACAAAGAACUAGCCGAGUGCAUCACAGACGAACAGAAAUCCCUAACUCUUGAAAAUAAGAAGAGGUAUAUUCCUAACUCAGAGAAUAAGAGUGAAUGUUGGUACAUUGAGAAUCCAAAAACUAAAGAUUUGACCAAGAAAAUCACUCUGAAACUUGGCCCUCAUUGUGAACAGGAAUUCAUUAUAGUACUGAAAACUUUGCAGCCAAAGGACAAGGUUGUCUCUCUGAGUUUCUUGAACUUAGAGAUUCAUGGAAUAGAUGGGAAAGAGAAAUAUAACAUAAAGCACAUUCAAAAAACAGAGGAGGGAGACAUCUCAUUCCAAAAAUCAAUGAAAAACAGGCAGAUACAGGUCAUGCUAUGCGGUGUGGUCGACCCUCCAAACUUGAUUUGUUGCAAACAAGUCUAUGACAUCAACACAAAACAGAACAAGGUGCCACUCGCUUUGAAGCCAACCUCUGGAACUCAAAAGUUCAGGAUUCAGUUUAGGAACAAUGGGUCUAAAGAGCUAGAGGCGGACUUCAGCUUUGUCAAAAUAGGGGAAAACAAAGAGGGUGAGUUCUCCAUGAACGAGUACCUUGAAUUCUUCUGUAUGCCUGGGACACUAAAAAUCCCUCCAAAAACAACCAGCAUCUUGAACGUCAUGAUCAAGGUCAAGAUGGACAAGGUGGAUGAAGCAAAAAGGAGAGGAGAGCUUAAAAUUAGCAAGAAUCUGUUUAAACUUCUCAUAGCGAAGCUGACAGAUUCUGGCAUCCUCUUCUCCUACUUCUUCGAUGUAACCCUAGCUAAGGAAUAAUUUAGCAAGAACAGAUCAGCUGGUUUCUAUGUUUAUAACUUAGAAACAAAAUUUAAUUAGUCCUCACAAUACUAU